AUGUCAAACAAGUAUAACGUGACCCGAUCCCAGCACGAGACCAUCUCCAAGCUGCGGUUCGCCAAAGCGCUGGUGCUCACGGUGGUGACGGUGGUGAUGUUUGCCCUCUGGGCGUGGCACGGGUGGUGGUCGUUGAAAGUGAUGUACUACCAGCCGUACGGGCUGUUGAUCAACAACUUGGUGUACGGUCCCCUCACGUGGUUUGCCCAUAUGGGGAUCAGCUACCGCCUAGCCAAAUGGCUUAACCUUAAGCUCUUGGACGAUUCGAUUGAGGCCGACUAUAAGAAGUACCUAUGA